AUGGCCUCCAACAUUCGCUCGCAGAGUUCUCAUCACUCGUUUAUGGAUUACAGUGAUGAUAUCCAUGCGAACCUCCCAGGCGUCAUCGUUCCCCAAGCAGCCUACGUGCCCCAGCAUGGACAGAUGGUCAAUCCACCUCUGCCGAGCAUUCGCUUCGUACACAACAACAUUCCCGCUAUACGCCUCCGGGACGCACUGGCCUCUCCCAACCUCCCUGGGCUUCGCGGAGCGAGGACAGCACCCACGCUGUCCAACACAGGAAUGAGGGUUACUCUUCGUAUCCAUUGGCCUGGAUACCCAAACUGGCGCCAGGAGAACGGCAUAGACCUCUUCGACCACACGUACCAAGCGAACCCCCUGACGUUCGAGCGCAUUGCGCACAAGGUGGCGCGGCUCGUCAAGAUGUUCUACGACGAUAUGCAGCACAACGUCGGAACUGAGCCUAGCUGGCAGCUCCAGGGGAUUCCGUUCGACAACCUCUAUCUCGUGGAGCUGCGUCACGUCUCUAGAGGCAGCUGGCAGCCAGUUAUCUGCUGGAACCCCUAAGUGACACCUGUGCGCCUGUGCAUACACGGCAGGCAGGUAAUUAAGGCUUUUCACGAGCUCGGAGUCCCCCAACAGCGUGUUUUUUUUGUACGAUUUCGAGUAUCGUCGCGGUCGUGGUGACCCAUUCAUUGUAGCCAUAUUAUUGUAGACUAGACACACCCUAGAUUGCCGGAUUAUGGACGUAGCUACGUUAUUAACAUUAUUAGACGAGGGUGAACAGCUCCAAGAUCAGCUUACGAUAGGGCGUCGUUGCAUAUUCCGCCCAUGCCGGUGAGCUAUAGCAGCGGGUGACAUGGUAAAGCUGAAGUCGGAGAUCGUGGUGGUAGUCUUCUGCACGGAGCGCUGAGUCUGC